UUGUAGUAUUAUGGAAAUAGUUUUGACCUAGUCAACCUGUGAGAAGGCCUCCUCAGCCCAGUCCUCCCUCCCCAAACUGUCAUGGGCACCCCUGUCUCUGGCCAGGUGGCUGGGGUGCCUGAGACUUGCCCAGGCUUAUACGGACUGCCAGACUGCCCUCGGUGAGCCCUGCAGCUGGUCUUUAAUUCCUGGAUUGGACUCCUGCUGUCACUACUGGUUUGGUUUGCUUGGAAAGAGGUGACCAGGGGUCCAUAUUUAAUUGUUUUGCUUUGAUGUGGCUGGUUUUUUGACAAGUGAAGUUUCUGGCUUUUGGUUCCUUCCAUUUUUAUGAGAAGGGAAUUGAGGAGGUGAAUUCUUGCCAGCUGUGGCCUCAUAACUGCGUCCCACCCUUGCAUGGUCAGGCUGCUGUUUGGUCCUGAGAACACAGCCUGCUGGCGGGUAUCUGUCUGGCGGCCCUUCCUGCCACUUGUUCACAGCUAAGUCAGUUCUGAGCCAGUUUGCCUUUUUGCUUAGUCAGCUCCCAGGCAGCCCUGUCCCUCUGCCCAGACCUGGGGUUGCAGAACGGCUGUGAGAGUGGGCUCUGCAAGUGCUCGCUGGCAGGGACCUGAGCCUUGCAGUCAGCAGGUGCUGAUGAGCCCUGGAAGAGCGUGGAGGUGGCGGAGCUGCUGUGGGUAUGGAGUCAGUGAUGGUCAGUGGUGCAGGCUGGCGUCUCUCUCUGGUAGCAUCAGCAUUGCCCUCUUUGCCACGUGGUUCCUGGCAACACCAAAGCCAGAAAACCUGCAGAAGAACUGGCUUCGGGAAUUUUACCAGGUCGUGCACACACACAAGCCGCACUUCAUGGCCUUGCACUGUCAGGAGUUUGGAGGGAAGAACUACGAGGCCUCCAUGUCCCACGUGGACAAGUUCGUCAAAGAACUAUUGUCGAGUGAUGCGAUGAAAGAAUAUAACAGGGCUCGAGUCUACCUGGACGAAAACUACAAAUCCCAGGAGCACUUCACGGCACUAGGAAGCUUUUAUUUUCUUCAUGAAUCCUUGAAAAACAUCUACCAGUUUGACUUUAAAGCUAAGAAGUAUAGAAAGGUCACUGGCAAAGAGAUCUACUCGGAUACCUUAGAGAGCACGCCCAUGCUGGAGAAGGAGAAGUUUCCACAGGACUACUUCCCCGAGUGCAAAUGGUCAAGAAAAGGCUUCAUCCGGACAAGGUGGUGCAUUGCAGACUGUGCCUUUGACUUGGUGAAUAUCCAUCUUUUCCAUGAUGCUUCCAAUCUGGUCGCCUGGGAAACAAGCCCUUCCGUGUACUCGGGAAUCCGGCACAAGGCACUGGGCUACGUGCUGGACAGAAUCAUCGAUCAGCGAUUCGAGAAGGUUUCCUACUUUGUGUUUGGCGAUUUCAACUUCCGGCUGGAUUCCAAGUCCGUCGUGGAGACGCUCUGCACAAAAGCCACCAUGCAGACGGUCCGGGCCGCCGACACCAAUGAAGUGGUGAAGCUCAUAUUUCGUGAGUCGGACAACGACCGGAAGGUUAUGCUCCAGUUAGAAAAGAAACUCUUCGACUACUUCAACCAGGAGGUUUUCCGAGACAACAACGGCACCGCGCUCCUGGAGUUUGACAAGGAGUUGUCUGUCUUUAAGGACAGACUGUAUGAACUGGACAUCUCGUUCCCUCCCAGCUACCCGUACAGUGAGGAUGCCCGCCAAGGUGAGCAGUACAUGAACACCCGGUGCCCGGCCUGGUGUGACCGCAUCCUCAUGUCCCCGUCUGCCAAGGAGCUGGUGCUGAGGUCGGAGAGCGAGGAGAAGGUUGUCACCUAUGACCACAUUGGGCCCAACGUCUGCAUGGGAGACCACAAGCCCGUGUUCCUGGCCUUCCGAAUCAUGCCCGGGGCAGGUAAACCUCAUGCCCAUGUGCACAAGUGUUGUGUCGUGCAGUGACGUGGUGGGAAGAGAUGCCAGCGCCACGAGAGGACCCUUCGUGAGCCCUCCCUGUAGCCGUGUACCGAAUACGCACUCUUGAAAGCUGCAUCAAGAACCCGCCCAAGCGCCACCUGCUAGACGGCCAGCCCCACACUUCGCUUCAGCCUCCGGACCAUUCCGGAACAGCCUCACAUACCUCACUGUCUCGUCUGUUCAUGUGACAUUAAGUAGAAAUAUUGGUUUUUUUUUUUAAAUAAGUCACAGUCCUGUUGUCAAAACUCUAAUAGACAGCAAAGAGGGUUCAUACCGUAGACUCCGCAGUUUUCAGUUUUUAAUGAUUGUCAGUGGAGGGGCUUCUCCAGCACAGAGACCCCCCCACUGUGUCCAGAGACCCCCUCUGCCAGGUGGAGGUGUGUCCAGGGGCUGGGGAAGCCGAGACGGGCGCUCCCUCUGCCGGCUGGCAGCGUGGCCCUGAGCGUGGCGAGGGCGUCUGUCUCUGCCGAUGCUCCUUCCGCGGCACUGACUCUGCGCCGUGUCACAUGGUUUUUGAAUCACACUGCAGCUGCUUUCCAUUUUUAUAUAUAUAUAAAUACAUAUAAAUAUAUACUUUUUAAAAAUAAUUUAUAAAUCUUACCAAAACUUAUGCUAAAUGUACUUUCCAGUAAGAACGCACAGGAGAGUCCCAUCAGCAGGCGGCAGCACUGGAGUCUAGGAGCUCAGCUGUGUGUCCGUCAACACACAAAUUAGUAAAAACACACUUGGCCUCGCCGUCGUGGGUAAAAUCGGCAGCACUGGAGUCUAGGAGCUCAGCUGUGUGUCCGUCAACACACAAAUUAGUAAAAACACACAUGGCCUCACCAUCAUGGGUAGAAUCGGCCCCACAGCACGUCUGCACUAGCGGCCGUUACUCCCGUGCCGUUCUUCUGUGUAAUAUUAAGAACUGAAUGUGAAGUUUAUAGCUAGCCUGGGUGUACCUUUUAAGAAUUUUGUAAACCGUUUGUCUGUCUUUUGUUACUGUUUUAUGGUGCCAAGUAUUCUACAUUACAACAAUGAUAACAUGGGAGAAAUAGAAAUAGCCUAGUUUGCUUCCAAUAGAAACUGCUUUUAACAUGGGCUGUAUAUAAAAAUAUUAAAGAGAAACAAAACUGUACAUUUCCUCAUCGCUCCGCUACAAACAACCCACGUAAUAACCUUGUUGCCAAUAUUUUUCUCCUAUAGCACUAAGUACAGCAUUAAAAGGUGAUUAGAGAGUCUGUUGAUGAAACACAAAUGUAUGUUUUAUUGAUUUUACUUUAGAACACUACAGAGUUCCUGGACCGGGUGAAGGCAUUAGCUGGGUGUUUGGGAUAAAUACUACCACUGCAAGUGACUGCUGUCCACUGCGGAAUCUGUUCUUGGUAGAAGCACCGGUCCGUGUCCCUGCUGUGGUUGCCACUGUCCGCAGUUCCACACGGAGUCCGCCCCACGGGUUUCAGCUGUUGGUCGUUCUGAGGGCCUUUAGAAGUGACUGGUCUGGUUCCUAAGCAAUAAAAUUGACCGUGGUGAAAAUA